AUGGUACGGAUUUCAAAGCGUUACCUUAGGCAUAGCCUUUAGGUGAGCAAGCCCUAUACCCCCAAAAUAGUAAGGAAAGCUAAAGUUUACGCAAAAACAGGUAACUAGUAGGUAGACGUGGGCAAAUCUUUGUGGAUAUAGCUAACAUACAACCACAGCUAGCUAUUUUAUAAAAUAAACUAUAGCUACCAGCCAGAAAAGUGAAGAUGGCGACAAUUGUACCGGAAGUUGUGCAGUGCACCAUACUGAAUUUGAAUUUUCUAAGUUGUGCUAACAGUUGAAGAGCUGGCUACAAGGUAGCACACGAUUUGGCUAUGCUUUGUUAAAUUGCUAUAUUUUUCAUUACACACUUUAGUAUUUGUCGGGUACGAAGGCCAGUUUGCAAGAAUGUAGCUUGCUAGAGAAUGUUGCAGUAAUGCCGAUAUAUUGAGAUUUUGUCUUUUGAAUAUGACCUCGUUACCGUCACCCCAGCAGUACACAGCAUCAACCUCAGCAUGCAACAUAUUACCUGGUGAUGGGAGUCAGGUGCAGCCUAAAGCCCCUCUCCUGCAGAUUCUGCGUGUGGCUGGAGCCCAGGAGGACAUCUUUACCCUCAAGGAGGUGAUGCACUACCUGGGCCAGUACAUCAUGGGGAAGCAGUUGUAUGAUAAACAGAGGCAGCACAUAGUGCACUGUCAGGACGACCCACUGGGAGAGCUGCUGGAAGUCGAGAGCUUCUCCGUCAAAAACCCCAGUCCAGUCUACGAGAUGCUGAAGAAGUAUUUAGUUGUGCUGAAUUGUUCAGACGCUGCAGAGAGUCUUUCUGUGGGCCGUGAGUGUGUAGAGGGCGGAGUGGAGGACCGCGGUCAGGUGUGUGGGGGCGUGGCCAAGGCGGGCCUGGUUGUGGCCAGUGACGAGGCCCUCCCCAUGCAGACCCCGUCUCAGAGAAGACCCCGGGAGCCUGACGAAGACUCUUUAGAUGGCUUGCCCCAGUCGGCCUGCAAACGGCCCAAGCUCGAGGUCACACUAGACGAGUGGGACCUCUCAGGGCUGCCCUGGUGGUUUCUGGGUAAUCUGCGUAACAACUACAGUCGCAGAAGCAACGGCUCUACGGACAUCCACACUAAUCAACUGUCUCCUGCGCAGGAUGAGGACACAGCGAUCGUGUCGGACACGACGGACGACCUGUGGUUCCUGACGGAGGGGGGAAGUGAACAGGUGAGCGUGGAAAUGAAGGAGGCCGUGCUGGAAGAAGGGAGUGGAGGAGAAGGAGAGCCACCACCUGAAGAUGAGGGAGGAGGAAAAGAGGAGAAGGCUGAUAAGGAGAUGCAGGAGGAGCCAGAUGAGGACUCUCAGUGUCUGAGUGAUGAUACGGAUAUAGAGAUCUCUACACAGGAUGCAUGGCAGUGUACAGAGUGCAGGAAGUACAACUCUCCUCUCCAGCGCUACUGCGUACGCUGCUGGGCUCUACGCAAGAACUGGUACAAAGACGUCCCACGGUUGGUCCACUCACUUUCCGUCCCCGACAUCCCAGCAUGCAGUACUCUGGCCCCGCGAGACGACGAUGAGGAGGAAAGCGACACAGGCAUCGAUGUCCCAGACUGCCUCAGGACCGUGUCUGACCCCGUCAUCCUGCCCUCACACUCCACCCCUGACCGCCUGCUGCCCCCCGGGGUUCCAGGGAAGGGCAAGGGUCCUAGGCCGCGAGGCCUUCCCAGGGAGGAGCAGCUCUCUGGGGGAGAGAGUCAGGAAAGCCUGGGGAUGGAAGUAGAGGUUAGGCCCGAGGCGCUGUUGGAGCCCUGUAAGCUGUGUCGGAUGCGUCCGCGUAACGGGAGUAUUAUACACGGCCGCACGGCUCACCUGCUAACCUGCUUCUCCUGCGCCAGGAAGCUGCACAAGUUCCACGCUCCAUGUCCCGGUUGUGGACAGAUUAUACAGAAGGUUAUAAAGACAUUCAUAGCCUGAGAGGAUUGGAACACACAGAUGUAAUGUACAAGGUUAUUUAAAAUUGGAACAAGACACAAUCCCUUGCAUCAAAAGCCACUCAUACGCCCCAGAGAGACACGGAGUAUAGCACUUAAAAGAGCAUGUUCCCUUUUGCUCUCUGUUACCUUGUAUUGCUUGUAUCACACUGCCUCUGAUCAAUGGCGCUAGUAAUGAAAGGUACAAAUCCAGCAAUGUGUUUCUUGAAGUAUCCAACUAUAUAGUUAUCUCUGUGCCACAUUUCAUGAAAGUCAUUUGCUACUCAAUGUAACAUCAUAGGUAUUUAUUUAUUUGAGGGCCAAGCAGCAUUGUACAUAUGAAAACGCAGCUGUCAUUGCAGCUAACUUUGACGACAACGAUAUGUGAGACUUAAGUUUUUGUUCCCGACGGAAGACCUGUUGACAUUUGUUUCCUAUUGGCCACUGUUGUAGGUGUCCAGAAAAAGCUUUCUGCCGGUUGUCAGGCUGCUGACGUGUUUGCUGCCAUACGCUAUAUUUUAUCCCUUAAAGACCGGUCUUCUCUCCCUCAGUUAAGAUGAUGGUAAGCUAGCUACACACUGGCUGACUACUUCUCCUCCAGUGAGAACAGGUAUGAAUUCUCAUUGCCAUGUAUAUUCAUGGAGCCGCAGUGCUUUGGUGGUCCUCCUCUCCUGUUUAGUCCUUUUGUUUUUCUUUAAUAAUUUCUCUGCAGCGUUUUUUUUGUGUGCUCUUGAAAACGAAGACAAGGGGGAUCAAAAGGAGAUUUUCGAUACAUACUCUACGUUUUUGCUGAUUUAUUGACCAUUUUGGUUGCAAGGCCUAUUUUCAAGAUAAGUCAAUAAGAAACAUCUCCUUUGGAUACCCUUGUCAUCGUUUUUCAAUAGUAUACAUACCCCCAGGGAGAAGUCUUUACCCUGCAGCGCUGAUCAGAAUGGUUUGUUGUCUUACUGUCCUUGUACUGUCCUUGUACUUUGUUGUGUUACUGUCCCUGUCCUUGUAAUGCAAGUGAAUGUACUCCACAGAACUUUUGCCUCUCUUUUCAAAGUCUAGUUAGUAAAAAGUAGUUAAUAUUAACGAUAAUAACCAGUCUGUAAUAUAGUUGAAGAGUCACAUCUAUAGCCCUCAAUGUAGAGUUGUUGUAAAUUAGCCCAUCUCAAUAAGGAAAUACUUUGGUAUAUAUAGUGUAUGUGGACACCCCUUCAAAUGAGUGGAUUCAGUUAUUUCAGCCACAUCCGUUGCUAAAAGGUGUAUGUCAUCGAGCACUCCGACAUGCAAUCUCCAUAGACAAACAUUGGCAGUAGAAUGGCCUUACAGAUGAGCUCUGACUUUCAACGUGGCACCUUCAUAAGAUGCCACCUUUACAACUAGUCAGUUUGUAAAAUGUCUGCCCUGCUAGCGCUGCCCCGAUCAACUGUAAGUGCUGUUAUUGUGAAGUGAGAACAUCUAGGAGCAACAACGGCUCAGCUGUGAAGUGGAAGGCCACACAAGCUCACAGAAUGGGACCGCCGAUUGCUAUAAAAAAAAUGUUUGUCCUUGGUUGUAACACACACUACUAAGUUCCAAACUGCCUCUGGAAGCAACGUCAACACAAAAACUGUUUGUCUGGAGCUUCAUGAAAUGGGUUUCCAUGGCCGAGCAGCUGCACACAAGCCUAAGAUCACCAUGUGCAAUGCCAAGCAUCGGGUGGAGUGGUGUAAAGCUCGCCGCCAUUGGACUCUGGAGCAGUGGAAAUGCGUUCUCUGGCGUGAUGAAUCAUGCUUCACCAUCUGGUAGUCCAACGGACUAAUCUGGAUUCAGCGGAUGCCAGGAGAACACUACCUGCCAGAAUGUGUAGUGCCUACUGUGAAGUUUUGUGGAGGAGGAAUAAUGGUCUGGGACUGUUUUUUUUAUGGUUGUGUCUAGGCCCUUUAGAGAUCUUAAUGCUCCAAUGACAUUCUAGAUGAUUCUGUGCUUCCAACAUUUUGACGAAGGCCCUUUGCUGUUUUAGCAUAACAAUGCACCGUGCAUGGAGCGAGGUCCAUACAGAAAUGGUUUGUCGAGAUCGGUGUGAAGAACUUGACUGGCCUGCACAGAGCCCUGACCUCAACCCCAUCGAACAGCUUUGAGAUGAAUUGGAACCCCGACUGCGAGCAAGGCCUAAUCGCCCAACAUCAGUGCCCAACCUCACUAAUGCUCUUGUGGCUGAAUGGAAGCAAGUCCCCACAGCAAUGUUCUAACAUCUAGUGGAAAUCCUUCCCAGAAGAGUGGAAGCUGUUUGAGCAGCGAAGGGGGGACCAACUCCAUAUUAAUGCCCGUGAUUCUGGAAUGAGAUGUUCAACGAGCAGGUGUCCACAUACUUUUGGUCAUGUAGUGUUUCUACGUGCAAGGGCUGCCAUUUUUCCUUUCCAGACCAGUAUUUACUUUUUAGUCUUAAAUAUGAAUACUAAAAUAUUCACAAUUGCCAAUUUUCUUAAAUUCUAGUUCUGCUCUCUUGAAUUUCUCCAUUUUAGUGCAGUGAACUUGGCAAUUUUGAACUUGGCAAUUUCUUUAUACCUUUGAUUCAUUAUUUUCCUGUUUUAGGAGGUGUUGUGCUUGAUAUUAGUAAUAUUUGUGAUCCUUUAAUUCCUCUCCAAAUAUGUUUUAUUUUAUGAUUUUUGUUAACCUCUUCCAAUAUCCUACAUUUUAAAUCAGAUUAAUGAGUGUUGGGACAGUAAGUAUGGAGUUGUACACCACUACACAGAAUACAGGCCUGCUAAGCCUUAUCACCUGCGCUAAGUUUGCCCCUUGAUAAUUAGAAGAAAUAAAACAUUAAAGCGGCAAUUGCAGUUGAAACAAUAACAAAGUGUUUUCCCCGCGCUGUUUCUGUCAAUAACUGAGGGAUGGGGCUGGAGAAAUGUAUCCGCUCAUAUACAGAGCUAUGGCUGUUAAGGCCUGACCAUCUAUGAUAUCAAAAUAAUAGUUUUAACAAUGUUUUGAGGCGAUACAGUGCUUGUUUAAAUAAAGUAAAUCAAUUUUCUUUUUGGGGUACAACAGUUAAACAAACUAAGCUAAUGAGGCAUUUAAGUUGGUCUUCAAAAAUCAUUACUAUAUAUAUUUUGCUACUGCCAAAUGGCUGUAGCAACUGCAGAUCGUCCCUUUUUAAAGGGAGGACUAAAGGUAAAAUAUAAAAUGACAAGAUCUUAAGGUGUGAAUAAAGCUAUAUAGAUGGUAAAGAUUAUUAUUUUUUUGCUUUGUCUUCUAUUUCUAGAUGCAAACUGCACAGGUGGAAAUGCACAGUAAUGCUAUACUCAUAGUAAUACUCAAGCUCUUUGUUUCUGGAGGCCAAUAGUGUGUCCUCUAUCACUCUAAGGUAGAAAAAGACGUGUGUGGGGUUUUCCCGAUGAUGGUGCAUUUGAGUGUGCUUGUUGAGUUUUGUUUAAGGGAAGCGUUUCACUGCCAAACGUAAUGAUUGGUUUUUGCUUGUUUGUAUGUUAUGGAAAUUGUUUUGGGUUUCAAUUGAUAUUAGUUCUGCAAUUAUUUGCUUGAAGAUGUAUUGUUCCUGUGUGUACAAUGCUGUUUUCUGUUAUGCUUUUGUGAAGGUCCUGAAUGGCAGGCUGCAGGCAGGUGACCUGUAACAAAGUGACCUGUCCUCUCCCGUCUCUCUACUGCUUGUAACAGACACUCAGGUCUACUCUGAAACAUUAACAUGCACUUGUACAGAGAGCUCUUUAUUCCUUGUCCUAGCUGUGCUCUGCCUGACUGAAGGGAAUGAUGGCCUUGCCUUCCACCACUGUUCAGCUCUUUACUUGUACUUAUCCCCUCUGCCUCCAGGUGGUGCUCGAUAGCAGUGGUUCUCAGUCCAAGAGCUCUCGCACGUUGCAGCUGUAUAGUAUUAAACAUGUUAUAAUCUGCAUAGAGUAUGGCUGAUUAGUGUGAGACUAAACCCAGCACUGUGCUGGUUAGAGAAUUAUACUAGCAAUGUGUAUUAAAGCUAUAUUAGAUCUGCUAUAUUGUAAAGGAACCCUGCUUUGAUCCCCUUGUAUUGCCCUAUUCAUGCCACAGAGCUCUACCUACUAUCUAACAUGGAGGCACAUCAGAAUGUGUCAUUGUUGUGGUUGUUGAAAACUGAGAAAGGCACCAAAUUCGAAAAGAUGUGAUGAGCAUGAAUGCAACAGAACAUUCCAGAAGAACAUGGUACAUCCAAUAUGGCCUCAUGUCAUGGAACAUUGCUUUGAAUUGGAAUGUUAGUUCUGCUCAUUCUAAAUCUGUUUGUAGUGCUGUAUUAUGAAUAAAGUAACAAGUACAACUAA